UGCAGCACAAACAGGAUCCUGUUAAGGAGGACUUUCUUUCUUUUCAUCUAACAAGAAACUUCAACAUGACAAAACUUAGAUUUUUAAUUGCGUGAAUGGACUGGAGUAAAGCAGAUGUUCAGAUGGCCUAAAUGACAACUACAGCCUAUACUGAAGCUGCACAACAGACUUUUUUUUCAAUGUCUUGGGACUUUUAUAAGACUCAUUGGAAAUACUUUUGUUGACCGGUGGAAAUGGGGACCUCUGUUUGGACUGAGAGAGGAUUCUUCUUCACGCUUUUGGUCCUCUUCCUCUGCUGUUUUGGAGGAAUAUGUGAGAUCCAGGAAUCUAAACCGUCAAAGCAGACCAACCUUCCUGGUGUCGAACCUUUCCACAAUGACCUCGACGGGCCCCAGGCCUUACCGGACCCGGAGAGGGUCAACCUCCCCGUGUUCACCAUGGACUACCCUCGGAUCCAGGUCCCCUUUGAGUUCACUCUCUGGGUGCUGCUGGCCUCUUUUGCCAAAAUUGGUUUCCACAUUUACCAUAAAAUCACCAUCUGGAUCCCAGAGUCCUGCCUCCUGAUCGCCAUCGGCCUCAUCGUGGGCGCCAUCAUGCACGCAGUCAAAGAAGAGCCCCCUGCUGUCCUCAACUCCAACGUCUUCUUCCUCUACAUGCUCCCGCUCAUCGUCCUCGACAAUGGCUACUUCAUGCCCACGAGGCCGUUCUUCGAGAACGCUGGCACUGUGAUGUGGUACGCCGUGGUGGGAACCCUGUGGAACAGCAUCGGCAUCGGGCUCUCCCUCUUCGCCAUCUGCCAGAUUGAGGUGUUUGGAGUUCAAGACAUCAACCUGCAGGAGAACCUCCUGUUUGCCUCCAUCAUCUCGGCCGUGGACCCCGUCGCUGCUCUGAAUGUGUUUGAGGACAUCGGAGUCAACGAGCAGAUAUAUAUAGUCAUAUUUGGAGAGGGGCUCUUCAACGAUGCUGUCACUAUUGUGCUUUACAACAUGCUUUCCUACCUGGCCGACUUGCCCGUCGUUGAAUCCACCGAUGUGUUUCUGGGGAUAGCCCGGUUCUUCGUGGUGGCGGCCGGUGGCGUCCUCUUUGGCCUCCUGUUUGGAUUUGCAGCUGCGUUCACCACACGUUUCACCCACAAUGUCCGUCAGAUCGAGCCCCUCUUCGUCUUCAUGUACAGCUACCUGGCGUACCUGGUCUGUGAGUGUUUCGCCAUCUCCAGCGUGAUGGCCAUUAUAACAUGCGCCAUCACCAUGAAGUACUACGUGGAGGAGAACGUGUCCCAGAGAUCCUGCACCACCAUCCGCCAUGUUGUCAAGAUGCUGGCCACCGUCUCCGAGACCCUCAUCUUCUUCUUCCUGGGUGUCGUUACCAUAACGACCGAGCACGAGUGGAACUGGGCCUACAUCCUGUUCACGCUGCUGUUCGCCUUCAUCUGGAGAGGGCUUGGCAUCCUGGUGCUGACCCAGAUCAUCAACCCGUUCCGGACCAUCCAGUUCUCUUUCAAAGACCAGUUUGGCCUCGCCUACGGGGGCCUGCGAGGGGCCAUCUGCUUCGCCCUGGUCUUCACCUUACCAGAUACCAUCAACAGGAAGAACCUGUUCGUCACGGCUUCAAUCGCCGUUAUUGUAUUCACCGUUUUCUUACAGGGCAUCAGCAUCCGUCCCAUCGUAGAAUAUAUGAACAUCAGGAAAACCAACAAAGACCUGAACACCAUCAACGAUGAGGUUCACAGCAGGAUGAUGGAGCACGUUGUUUGUGGUAUUGAGGACUUGUGUGGACAAUGGAGCCACUAUUACUGGAAAGACAAGUUUAAGAAGUUCAACGAUCGUGUUUUGAGGCGCAUCCUGAUCCGGGACAACAGGGCUGAGUCCAGCAUCGUGGCUCUGUACAAGAAACUGGAGCUGCAGAACGCCAUCGGGUUACUGGACACGUCUAUUGGAGACCUCAGCGCGGCGCCAUCUAUCGUUUCCAUCUACGACGAGAGGAAGGACGCGUCUCGACCCAAGAAGAAGUUCCUGGCUGCUGACAUCAGCAAAAUGCACGACAUCCUGUCAAAGAACAUGUACAAGAUCAGACAGAAGACGACGGCUUACACCAACAAAUACAAUCUGCCAGACGACAGCCGAACCAGAGAGAUUCUGAUUCGCCGCCACGCCAGCAUCAGACGCAGCAUACGAGCUGAAAGUUUCCGCGAGCAGCCGGCACGAAACAUCCCCAAAUCUCAGAAGUACUACUCGUUGCAGCCAGGAGGCGAUCUGGAGACCGCCUUCGCCCUCAGACGACGAAAUCAUGGUGGAAGUGGUGACGUGGACCCCCUCUCAGGCCGUCCCCAGUCCACUAGUGUGACGCCACGCUCCUCAUCCCGCUCUCUAGUCCCGAUGAGGAGGAUGAAGACCAUCACGGAGUCUAGAGGUGCAAGGGAGCAGCCAGCCGCUUCCGCCCAGCCACCCUCACAUCCUCCUGGGGUGGACGUCUUAGACGAGAGAGGGAGGGCACUGGUUCCUGCACAAAGGAGGCGUACUCCGGAUGAGGUAGAUGGAGAUGAAGACCCCUUUGACUCAACAGGAGAAAGGGAGGAAGCGGUGCGACCUCCCCAGCUGCCACCACCUCGUGGCUGGGUACCCGAGAACCAGGAUCCCAGAGGAAAUGAGACAGGAAACCCCCUACUCAGACCACUCAGACCCUCGUCACAGGGGUCUCGGGGGUCAGGGAGGUCAUGACGAAAGAGGAAGAGCUGCUCUGGAAGAUGAACUACUAGUUGAGCUAAAAACCAAAAACACAAAGGUCAAAUUAUUAGUGACAAAUAUAAAUAAGACUUUUUUGGUUAGUAACAAACAGCAAAGGAUCAUCUUUUCUACCUCUUGAUAUCUUUCGCUGAGAUAUUUGUACUCUAAAAACUGCAUUAUCCUACUGUAUAUUAUGUACCACCAUGUUCUCCAUUGGUACAACUGUAUUUUGUACACACACGCCGUUUUUAUUUGACAUUUUUUGUAUACAUGUGUGUCAUAUUUGUAUGGUUUCGGUGAUAUUGGCCAAUAAAAGGAAGUCAGCAAAGUUUAAAUGACUUUUGAAUAUUUAAA